CGGUUUGUUGCCCGUCACGACGCCGGUCUUAAUACGCCGAUGACUGACAGUGUAAUUCCGUGAGAAUUAUUGGAAGACUAAAGGUAGUUAGAAGAGCAUUUAAAUAUCAGAGGCCCCGGAGGACCUGGGCAACGAUGGAAGCUGCCAGACAGGAAUGAUAGAAUGCAAGAGGGUAGCACCGCCGUGGCGCUAGCGAUGGUGACUCCUGGCUACGAUCAGGACCCUGCAAGUGGGGUUGCCGAUUACACGACCCAUCAGGAUCAGGCUCAGUUCGAGGCAGACAAGAGGGCAGUUUACAAGCAUCCCCUCUUCCCGUUGCUCGCGUUACUUUUCGAAAGAUGCGAACAAGCUACACAGAGCUCGGACAACUCGACGUCCGAAAGCUUCAACAUGGACAUACAGGCCUUCGUCCAACACCAAGAAAGAGACCGAAAGCCUUUCCUGAUCAAUGACCCCGAAAUUGACGGCUUGAUGAUCAAGGCGAUACAGGUGCUACGGAUUCACCUACUCGAGCUGGAAAAGGUGCAGGAGCUGUGCAAAGACUUUUGCAACAGGUACAUCACGUGCCUGAAGGGCAAGAUGCAAAGCGAGAAUCUGCUACGCAGCGAUUACAGCCACCAUGGACACGACAUGGGUCCGUCGAGUGGCAGCAACGGAAGCAGCCCCUUACAGGUGCUGUCUUCUACAGGCAAUGAUGUUGAGUCGGGAGCUAACGGAUUCAGAGUGAGCAGAGGCGAGUCCCUGUCGGAGAACGGUGGUGCGAGUCAGAUGGCUGCGCAAGAGGAAACCGGUAACGACAGGCCGCCGUCGGUGCGAUCAUCUUCCACCGCUCAGCGCUCAAACAGAUCCUCCAGCCAGGACCAUGACGAUCCUUUGUCACCUUCCACGGUACACGGGAGCACGCCCUUAUCGCAGAUUGGGGCUCAUUCUUGUGCACCAGUCAACGAUAUGUAUCUCGGUCAAGAUGAUAUGGACUAUGUGAAUAUUGGCGACAGAAUAUAUUUAGAAGAAGCUGGCUAUUGGGGCCUUCUUGCCUUACAAGAACGUGAGAAUGAAUACGUCGAUGUCGGAGAUGCGAAUGACGAAAAGUAUUUUGAUAUUACUGUGGCGGGCUCCCCUUCACCAGCACCCAGUGAAGACGAAGACGAAGGAUGCGGCACUGGCACUGCUACUUCAAAUCACAGUAGUGGUCACGGAGGUAGUCAUAGUAGCAUUAAGAAAGGAAGACAAAAACGAGGCGUCUUACCUAAGCAAGCUACGAGCAUUAUGCGAACUUGGCUCUUUGAACAUUUAGCUCAUCCCUACCCUACGGAGGAUGAGAAACGUCAAAUCGCGAGUCAGACGAACUUAACGUUGCUGCAAGUUAAUAACUGGUUCAUCAACGCUCGCCGACGAAUCCUCCAGCCGAUGCUUGACGGCGCCGGGGCGGAUCCGGUACAGCGCGCCGGGAAACGUCACAAGGUGUCGAAGCACGUGGUGCAACAGCAGCAGGUGCAACAGCAACAAGGUGGCGGCUGGCAAUCGGAAGAUUCCGGGAGCGAUUCAGGCUCCAGCGACGGUGAGGGAGGUGCCGAUAGAUCGAAAGACGGUAACGAUAGCGACGAUGAUGAUCUUCACUGACCUCUGUCGAUCACCG